UGCAAUUGGCUUAAACGGUUUAAAUUGUGUUGUCAUACGCUGUACAUAAAAUAUAGAUUCUACAAAAGGGCAGUAUGAUAUGUUCCGGGGGAGCCGUAUUUAUACGAGCAUUUAUUGACAUGCUGACACAACAUGUAUAACUUUAUAGAUGAUCACUUUUAACCGAUAAAUUUCGACCGACGUUUGCAAACAGGAUUAACAAUAAGUAUGGAACAAAAUGAAUUGGAAAUAGCGGUAGAAAAUAACGAUUUUGUUGGAAUACAAGUGGCUGUUAAGUCAUGCGCAGAUAUCAACAUCCAAAAUACAGAAGGAAACACCGCUCUCCAUCUUGCAAUAUCGAAAAGCUGUGAUUAUGACAUUUUAAAACUUUUACUUUCCAAUGGGGCUGAUGUCACUGUAAAGAACAAUGAAGGAUUCAGUCCGCUGCAGUUGAUCGAUCCUGAAUCUCAUGAAACAUUUCUCAAUUUAUUCAGACUUGAGCAAUAUAUUAAUUUCAAUGGUGGAGUGGGAAAUACCAUCAUGCACUUGUUGUUGAUGACUGACACGGCUGAUAUUUCUCUAUGGAAUACAAUAUUAGAGGAAUUUCCUACAUUACAUAUUGACUUUAAUGCUCAAAACGUGCUCGGUCAUACACCGUUGCAUAUAGCUGCAGCAAGAAUUAUGGGUAUUGAAGAUCUUCAGUUUAUAUUAAACAAUGUAGAUGGAUUGAAUAUAUUUCUGACUGACAAGAAAGGGAAUUCAAUUUUACAAACAUUUGUUGCGAAUAUGAUGAGCGAAGAUUAUCACAACUCAUUCCUUACUCAGCUUUUACAGGGAAACUUUAAAUACUGCACGACUGCAGAUAUCAAAACGUUAUUAUGCCACAAAAAUAAAAAUGGUUACACCCCACUUCAUUUAUACGUAAAUGAAUCUGAAGAAGUAAGUGUUGAUAUUUUAAACGUGUUUGUAAACUCUGGUGCACAGAUGAAUUCGGAUAAUGUGUUUGGAGAAAACAUAUUGCAUGCUCUUGUUCGGAGCUUCCCGGACAAUGCAGAGGCAAUUGAUUAUGCUCUUGAACAUGGUGGAAAUGCAAACGUCAAGAAUGCUUUUGGAGAGUCUCCUAUUUUCUUUACUGACAGCAUUGAUGUUGUUCAAGUAUUAUUAAAAGCUAAUGCCGAUUUAAGUAUAAGAAACAAAGUCGGUAAAACUCCAUUGAUGUCAAUGAUUUUAAGAAAUCAAGUAAAAUUUGAUUUGAUCGAAACGCUUAUUAAAAAUGGAGCAAAUAUCAACGAGGUAGAUAAUUAUGGAAAUAGUGUUCUUCAUUUUGCUGCAUGGAAUGGUGUUGAUGAAGAUAUAAUAAAUCUGCUGAAAGAAAAUGGGGUAAGGAGUGUCCCUGAUAGCAUGGGAUACUUUCCUUGCCAAGUUGCACAGAAAAUGGGCCAUCUAUCAUUGAUUAAAAACAUAUGUAUAUGUGAAAAUGGUAGCGAUGCACAUUUACAUGCUUUAGAAGGCGUUUCAUUUUCAAAAGAAAUCAUUCAUUGGAACGAGCUGAUCCUAAGAAAUGCCGACGAAAAGCAAUCUGUCAGUUUACAGGCACGUACGAGAUUUUUUAAUGACAAUGACUUGUAUGAUUUACUAAGGAAACCAGGCACUGGAUCAGUAGAGUUUGGGAAAGAGUCAAAAUUAGUGAAAGACGCUGUGUCUUCUGUGAUACAAAAUGUAUGUCAGGAAAUCGGUUAUCAUGACACCGUGCUGGAAAACACCGUCAUUCAGUCAGGUAGUGUUGGUGAAAAUACCAAAGUGGGAUUACCUGAUGAGUUUGAUUAUGUUUGCCUUAUCGACAUUUUCUCGAAAAUUUGCGAGGUUGAUGAAGAAGCAACCAGUGAAGAUCCUGGGUAUGUUUACUUAAAAUUAAAGCAAGACUUCUGUGCAAUGGAUCAAUACCGUCAUCUUUUUAAUGACCAUGGCUAUUUAGACGCUGAAGGCCUACGUCAGCGAUUUGUUUCAGUUCUUGCAGAUGUUAUUCAGAAUCCGGCCGUUUGUUGCCAUAGCAACAUCAUAAUGGAGUUAAGUCGUUUCAAGCAUUCGCAAAUGGCACCCAAUUGUCAGCUUACACUUCGUUGGACUAGUUGUGAGUAUAAAGAUAUUGAGAUUAACAUUGAUCUUGUGCCUGCCUGUCGGAUAAUUGGUUGGUGGCCUUCACACGCGAAACUCGAUGUCCUUGCUUUUAAAUCGGAAGAAGCCAGAAAAGAAGGUGCAAUUUUAUUACUUCAAACUACCUUUGAUGAGGAUUUCGAGCAAGUUACUAAGCUACGCGUGUCAGCUUCAUCUGCUGAGAAAAUCCAUAUGAAAUAUCUUCCCCAAAUUUAUAGAGAUGUUUACAUGAUUUCUAAGAUCUUAAUUGAUGAUAAAGUAUGUCCGAGAGUAAAUUUAUCAACAGAAAGAAAAGAAUGUGUUCUAAGAACAUGCAUAUCAAGUUAUAUGUUAAAGAACUGUUUGUUCAACAUUAUAGAGGAUGAAAUUGAACUGCGGACAGUAACAAAUAAAACGAAACCGGAAGCUGCACAAUCACAGACGUUACAUGAUUGUGUUUGUAAGUUAUUUAGAAAAUUCCAAAAAUGCAUAGAAGAUGAAAAACUGCCGUCAUUUAUAUUCCCAUGGCAGGAUGUAUUUACCUUUUAAGAUAAAGACCAUGACAUAUUUCC